AUCUCUCAGUUCAAAACGAAGCACUGAGACAUCAACACGCUGAUAAGAAAAAUUCAAACGCGGAACUAAUCUCCUCAUACAACUAUUUCAGUGAAAUCCAUCGUAUUGCUAUUCGCAUUCCUUCUAAACGCAACAAGGAGUUUUCAGAAAACUGAGAUCAUGCCUGAGAAACAAGUGGCACCUGCAAUCGGCAAUCUGGAGGAUUUUGCGCAUAAUUUACCUGGGUAUCUAAGUGCUGAAACGCCAGUUGCCGUACUCCUGGAUUACGAUGGCACCCUAGCUCCCAUUGCGGAUAAUCCGGCGAAGACCAAAAUGCCCGUGGAACUGGAGGCCAUACUGCACAAGAUAGCCAAGCAUCCGAAAGUUUUUCUCGCAGUGAUCUCGGGUCGCGGCCUCAAAGAUGUGCAAAAACAAGUGAACAUCGAUGGCAUCACCUAUGCUGGCAAUCACGGACUGGAAAUCGAGUAUCCCGAUGGCUCCAGACACGACUACGAGCUGCCCACAGAGAUACAGAAGAACUACAUCGCUAUGGUUGAGGAGCUCAAGGAAAAGGUGGAGAAGAAUGGCGCCUGGGUUGAGGAUAAGAAGGUAUCGCUUACCUAUCACUACCGAGAUACGCCCGUAGAGCUGAAGGAUCAGCAAAAGCAGCUGGCCUCGGAGAUCUGCAAGAAGUUUGGCUUCCGUGCGAAUCAGGCACAUGAAGCCAUCGAGGCGAAGCCACCAGUAAAUUGGAACAAGGGAGAGGCUGCCCUGUAUAUUCUAAAGCAGAAGUUCGGCGAUAAUUGGCCGCAGGAAGUCAGUGUGAUCUUCGCUGGCGAUGACACCACCGACGAAGAUGCCAUGAGAGUGCUCAGAGGCUUGGGUCGCUCUUUUAGAAUUUCGGCAGAUGCGCAGAUUCAAACUUAUGCGGAUUUCCGAUUGCCCAAGCAGGCUGUGAUGACCGAUCUUCUCAAAUGGAUAGCCAAUGUGUAUGUUUCCUAGAUGUAAUCGAAUUUAGAAAUGCUCAAAAGUUCUUAAUGUAAUUUGUUGAUUUUUUACAUAUAUUACAAAUUGAAAUUCCGUUUCUGCAUAAGCAAUAUUUAAAUUUGAUAUGCAAUUUAUGUAUGUGACUAGUUAGUGGAAUUAGAAUAAAAUGCCUGUUUUUAAUCUA